CUUUCAUUCAUUAUGUAGGCUGCAUUUCUCAACUUGGAACAGUUGACUAUCACCCACUCAAAAAACUUGGAGAUGAUAUGGCAGAGCAAAGUACAUGCAGAUUCCUUUUCCGAACUGAAAUCUUUAAGAGUUGAAAACUGUGAAAAGUUAUUGAGUAUUUUUCCUUCUACUGAGCUGCAUUUCUCAACUUGAAACGGUUGACUAUCACCCACUCAAAAAACUUGAAGAUGAUAUGGCAUAGCAAAAUACAUGCAAAUUCCUUUUCCAAACUGAAAUCAUUAGCUGUUGAAAACUGUGAAAAGUUAUUGACUGUUUUCCCAUCUACUGAGUUGUUAUGUUGGUUGCAUUUCUCAACUUGGAAGAGUUGACUAUCACCCACUUGAAAAACUUGGAGAUGAUAUGGCAGAGUAAAGUACAUGCAGAUUCCUUUUCCAAACUGAAGUGAUUAACAGUUGAAAACUAUGAAAAGUUAUUGACUGUUUUUCCUUCUAUUGAUGUAAUGUGUUCCUCAUUUCACUUUUUUUUUUGGUUUUAAUUUUAAGGGCUAAUAAUUGUCUUUAUCCUUUCAUUGUCAUUGGCACGAUGCUUUAAUUCAUUAUGUAGGCUGCAUUUUUCAACUUGGAAGAGUUGAGUAUCACCCACUUUAAAAACUUGGAGAUGAUAUGGCAGAGCAAAGUACAUGCAGAUUCCUUUUCCAAACUGAAGUCAUUAACAGUUGAAAACUGUGAAAAGUUGUUGACUGUUUUUCCUUCUAUUGAGGCUGCAUUUC